GUUCCUCUACUAUUUGUUUUUAUGUUAUGUAUUAUCAGAAGACAAAAAACUAUAAAAAAAAAAUAAUCUGAUGAAAUGAAAUUUAGUUUCUUUAUGUUAUAUAAGUAAGAUCAAAUUAUUAGUGCUUUAUAAUUUAUCUAUUGUAUAUUAUACUAAUCAUUUUCAAAAAUAAAAAAAAUGGUAGCUGGAAAAAUAGCUUUUGUAACAGGUGCUGGAAGCGGUAUAGGUAGAAAAGUAUGCCAUAUUUUGGCAAAACAAGGGGCUAGUGUUAUUGCUACCGAUAUAAACUUAAAAAAUGCUGAAGAAACUAUUAGAUCUUUAAAUGAUAGCAGACAUUUAGCAUUAAAUGUAGAAGUCUUAAAUGAACAAAGUAUUAAAGAAGCAUUUAAAAAUGUAAUAAAUAAAUAUUCAACUCCACCUACUAUUAUAGUUAAUUCUGCUGGCAUUACAAGUGAUCAAUUUAUUUUGAAACUUACUAAUGAAGAUUUUGAUAAAGUACUUAAUGUGAAUUUAAAAGGAACUUUUUUUAUAAUCCAAACAGCAGUAAAAGAAAUGAUUAAUGCUAAUGUAAAUAAAGGUGGUUCAAUUGUUAAUAUAAGUUCUAUUAUUGGAAAAAUAGGAAACAUGGGACAAGCCAAUUAUGCUGCAUCAAAAGCUGGAGUAAUAGCACUUACAAAAACUGCUUCUCUUGAAUUUGGACAAUUUGGAAUUCGUGUUAAUACUGUGCUACCAGGUUUUAUAGAAACUCCUAUGACAAAAACUAUACCUGAGAAUAUAAAGCAAUUAUUUAUAAAAAGAAUUCCCCUUCAUAGAAUGGGAAAACCAGAAGAAGUGGCAGAAGUUAUCAGUUUUUUAGCAUCUUCCAAGAGUUCUUAUAUUAAUGGUGCAUCCAUAGAUGUUACAGGAGGAUUAUAUUAAACUUGUUUAAAACUAUGUUAAAU